GGCGCGGCCGCGCUGCUGCUGAGCCCCCCGCGCAUGCGCGGCCGCGACCCCGCCGAGGCCGCCCUGGUGCGGCAGUGGGUGGCGUUCGCUGAGGGGGACCUGGGGACAGCGGCGGCCAUUGCCAUGGGGGGGCCCAAACAGGCCCGGCCCCACGGGCUCCAGGAGCUGCUCCGGGCUCUGGGGGCUCUCGAGUCCCACCUGAGCAGCGGCCGCUCCUUCCUGGUGGGCGACGGCGUCACGCUGGCCGACGUCACCGUGGUGUGCGCCCUGCUGGGGCCCUUCACGCAGGUGCUGGACCCCCCCUCCCGGGCCCCGUUCCCGGGGGUCUCCCGCUGGUUCCGGUGCUGUGUCCGCCUGCCGCAGUUCCGGGCCGAGCUGGGGACGUGCGGCUCUGCGGGGGGGGGGACACCCCCGGGACGCCCCCAGGAGACCCCCGGGAGCGCCGCAGAGCAGCCCCGGGCGGGGGUCCCGGGGGGGGUCCCGGCCGAGCCCCCCGGCCCAGCCAAGAGCGCGGCGCAGCUGAAGAAGGAGGCCAAGAAACGGGAGAAAAUGGAGAAAUUCCAGCAAAAGCAGGAGAAGAACCGGCAGCUGCAGGCCCAGGCCAAGGCCAAGCCCAGCAAGGCGCGGCGGGAGCUGCAGGGGCUGCGCUACGAGACCCCCACCCCCCCCGGCUGCAAGAAGGACGUGGGGGGACCCCUCCCCGAGAGCUACAGCCCCGGCUACGUGGAGGCGGCGUGGUACAGCUGGUGGGAGCAGGAGGGCUUCUUCCGGCCCGAGUGGGGCCGCUCCCUGGACGCCCCCAACCCCCGGGGCGUGUUCGUGAUGUGCCUCCCCCCCCCCAACGUGACCGGGACCCUGCACCUGGGCCACGCCCUGACCGUGGCCAUCCAGGACACGCUGACCCGCUGGCACCGGAUGCGGGGGCUGACCGCGCUCUGGGCCCCGGGCUGUGACCACGCCGGCAUCGCCACCCAGGUGGUCGUGGAGCGGCGCCUGCUGCGCUCCCGGGGGCUGACGCGGCACCAGCUGGGCCGGGACGCCUUCCUGCGGGAGGUGUGGCGCUGGAAGGACGAGAAGGGUGACCGCAUUUACCAGCAGCUGCGGCGCCUGGGCGCCUCCAUGGACUGGGGCCGCGCCUGUUUCACCAUGGACCCGAAAAUGAGCCGCGCCGUCACCGAGGCCUUCGUGAGGCUGCACGAGCAGGGCCUGAUCUACCGGAGCCGGCGCAUCGUGCACUGGAGCUGCGCCCUGCGCUCGGCCAUCUCGGACAUCGAGGUGGAGAAGAAGGAGCUGGGAGGCCGCACGCUGCUCAGGGUCCCGGGCUAUGAGGAGCCCGUGGAGUUCGGGGUGCUGGUGGCGUUCGCCUACCCCCUGGAGGGGGCUGGUAAUUGGGGUGACCGGUACCCGGUGGCCGUGGGGCCACCUGGGAAACAGCUGGAGACAAUGCUGGGGACACCUGGCGUACACCCCGGGUGCACCUGGGUGCACCAGCACCUGUCCCCAAUGGCCCCGCCCCCUCUGUCCCCCCAGCACCUGCGUGGUCGGAGCGUGCGUCACCCAAUCACGGGCCGGGUCCUGCCCGUGCUGCACGACGCCGUCGUGGACCCCCAGUUCGGCACCGGCGCGGUCAAGAUCACCCCCGCCCACGACGCCGCCGACUUCGAGGUGGGGCAGCGCCACGGGCUGGGCGUGGCCGCGGUCAUCGGCGAGGACGGCACCAUGGUCAACGUGCCCGCGCCCUUCCUGGGCAUGCCGCGGUUCCAGGCGCGCCAGGCGCUGCUGGAGACCCUCAAGGAGCGGGGGCUGUUCCGGGGAGUGACCGAGAACCCCAUGGUGGUGCCCAUCUGCAGCCGCUCCAAGGACGUCCUGGAGCCGCGGGCCGUGCCCCCGUGGGCGUCGAGCGGCGGGCCGUGCGGGCGCGGGGGGGACCUGAGGCUGCACCCGCCCGGCCACGCCCGCACCUGGUUCACCUGGAUGGACAACAUCAGGGACUGGUGCAUCUCCCGGCAGCUCUGGUGGGGCCAUCGCAUCCCCGCCUACUUCGUCACCAUCGACGACCCCCAGGUGCCCCCCGGACAGGAUGAAGACGAGCGGUUCUGGGUCAGCGGGCGCUCCCCGGACGAGGCUCGGGCCAAAGCGGCCAGCGUUGGCGGGGUCAGCCCCGAGCUGGUCAGGCUGAGGCAAGACGAGGACGUGUUGGACACCUGGUUCUCCUCCGGCCUCUUCCCCUUCUCCAUCUUCGGCUGGCCCGACCAGACCCCCGACCUGGAGCGUUUCUACCCGGGCUCGCUGCUGGAGACCGGGCACGACAUCCUGUUCUUCUGGGUGGCCAGGAUGGUGAUGCUGGGGCUGGCGCUGACCGGGAAGCUGCCCUUCCGGGAGGUGUACCUGCACGCCAUCGUGCGCGACGCCCACGGCCGCAAGAUGAGCAAAUCCCUGGGCAACGUCAUCGACCCCCUGGAUGUCAUCACGGGGGUCACGCUGCAGGAGCUGCACCAGCAGCUGGAGAGCAGCAACCUGGACCCGGCAGAGCUGGAGCGGGCCCGGGAGGGGCAGAAACGCGACUUCCCCGAGGGGAUCCCCGAGUGCGGGACGGACGCGCUGCGCUUCGCCCUCUGCGCCUACACGGCUCAGGGCCGGGACAUUAACCUGGACGUGGGGCGCGUGCUGGGGUACCCCCUUUUUUCCCCCUUCCCCUCCCCGUUGGCGGUGCCCCGGGGGUCGCUGGCCGAGCGCUGGGUGCGCAGCCGCCUCAGCCGGGCCGUGCGGGGCUGCGGCGCCGCCCUGGGCGGCUUCGACUUCCCGGCGGCCACCACGGCCGUGCACGGCUUCUGGGUCUACGAGUUCUGUGACGUGUACCUGGAAUGUGUGAAGCCGGUGCUGGCCCGAGCGACCCCCGCCCAGCCCGGGGGGGAGGGGCAGGAGGAGGAGGGGGAGGGGCAGCAGGAGGGGGAGGGGCGCGACGGCGACGAGGAGGAGGAGGAGCAAGGUGACCUGGCGGCCGUCAGGGCCACGCUGCUGCUCUGCCUGGACGGGGGGCUGCGCCUGCUCGCCCCCUUCAUGCCCUUCCUGGCCGAGGAGCUGUGGCAGCGCCUGCCCCGCGCCCCCCCCGCGCCCCCCAGCGUCAGCCUGGCCCCCUUCCCCGAGCCCGAGCAGUUCUGCUGGCAGGACGAGGAGGCCGAGGCCACCAUGGAGUUCGUGCUGAGCAUCGUGAGGGCGCUGAGGAGCCUGAGGGCGGCGCACGGGCUGACCCGCCAGAGACCCCGCGUGUUUCCUGCAGACCCCAGACCCGAGCUGGGGUCCCGGGGUCCUGGGGUGCGCGGGGUGGGCUCCGGCGUGCGCUGCUGGGGGGUGGGGGGCCCCGGGCCGCGUCGGGGCGCCCCCCGGGCUGCGCGCGUGCGUCGGCGUCCGGCUGCGGUGCACCUGCUGCUGCAGGGCAUCGUGGACCCCCCCUCGGAGCUGGCCCGGCUCGGGGGGCGCCGCCGGGAGCUCGGCCGGGCCCUGGAGCGGCUCCGGGAGCGCCGGGCGGGCCCCGGGUACGCCCAGAAGGUUCCGCCGCAGGUGCAGGAGAACGACGAGGCCAAGCUGGCCCAGCUGGAGUCGGAGCUGCGGAACGUUCUGGAAGCCGAGGAGCUGAUGAGGAAAAUGCUGUGACCCCUCCCCCCCAUCCCCUCAGGAACCCUCCCCAAAUAAAGCCUAGCUUGGCCCCGCC